CGCUCUCUCUCUUUACCCCUUUCUCUCUCUAAAGCUCCUUCACUAAUUUUCUCCCCUUCUUAUGCAUUCCAACAAUCCAAAAUUCAUUUCAAAUCCCAUUCCACUCCUCAAAGUUUGACCACCACACAACAAUGGAGAUCGACCGCCGUGCCGAAACGAGGUCGACGUCGUCGGUCCUCCAUGGCGACGAGACGUUCUACAACCGCGUCAUCUCACGUGACUCCUCCUCCACAUCCUCCGUCCGCUGCCCUUCCGGCCGGGUAUUUUAUUACCGGUCGGCCGCCGAAGGGGUGCCCUUCAAUUGGGAGACGCAGCCCGGGACGCCUAAGAACAAUCCUCCCAAAGAGGAAUCCAUUCCCCCCAUCACCCCUCCGCCCGCCCUCCUUAGCCUCUCCCUCCCUAAACCGUCCAUCAACCACCACGCCGGUGCUGCCUACCAUAAUGCUCGGAAGCUCAAGUUGUUGUGGAAGUUCCUCCUCGGGACACCACGACGCCGGUGGUACGGCCAUCGUCACACCCAGGCAAGGAGCUUGGAGAACGUUAACGAUAGUAAUAAUAACAACAAUAUGAACACAAGAAGGAGGAGUUGGGAUGAGGCAGGGGAUAUCAUAGCUUCCUCAUGCAAUUCCAGCUUCUCGUCGUCGACGAUGUCCCGUUCUUCGUCCCAUGACGACCGAUCCCCGAUGUCGUCGAACUCCGAUGCGAGCUCCGGCAGCACUAGGAGCCGGAGGGAGACCGGCACCAGCAGAAAUUACUACGGCCGUGGUUGUGGCAGUGGUCGGCCGUGGAACAUCAAUUCUAUGCUCGUUUGUGUUUCUGGCAAGAUCUGACCCGAUUGACUCGACUGAGAUCUGAGUUUUUUAAAUGUCUAUUUCUGUUAAUUAAUUACUGUUAAUUAAACUAAUAUGAUCAUAUAUAUAUAUAUAGAAGCCCUGUAAAAAAAUUUGCCUAUAUAGGCAUAUACUUGUCAUGAAGACCUAGUUGAUUCAUGGAUGGCCUUUUGUAGUAUUAUAUGUAUAUAGUUAAUGUAAUGUACCCAAGAUAUGUUUAUAUGGCAAGGGCACAAUAUCUAUAUAUGUAUUAACUAUAUCAUUGAAAGAAAAAUGUACUAUAUAUAGGAGAUUACACAGCAUAAUGGUAGUUGUAUUUCCUUUUAUU